AUGAGAUUGUCAAUCUCAACUCUUUCAGUAGCCGUCAUAUGGCAGGUCACUACAGCCCAACUCGUCGGCCCGGUAGGCCCAACAACAACCCUCGAAGAAAAGAAUAUUGAAUGCAACAUCCUCCAUUACGGUGCGAAAUCCGAUAAUAGCACCGACAUCUCAACAGCUCUUGAAGAGACAUUCACCCAAUGCGUGUUGAAGCAACCCGGCAGUCGUCUGAUAAUCCCCGAAGGCGAAUAUCUACUCAAUAGGUCCGUUGUGCUCAGCAACGGCACAGAUUGGGCUCUGCAAUUAGAUGGUGUGAUUACAGCUGCUUAUGGUGGGAAUUGGACUGUGGAUCGUGAGUUGAUACUUCAGGGGUUUGCGGGAGUGGAUGUUCUCAAUUCUACGAUUAAUGGGGAGGGAGAUAACAAGUUUUUGUUAGAUGUGCUUGUUAUCGUCAAUGCUGUGGAUUUCGAGUUCUACUCCUCGAACGGCCGCGGUGCUAUCCAGGGUCAGGGGUACAUUUACAGGAAUUUGAACAAUACUGACCGUCCUCGCUUGGUCCGCUUGAUCUCUCCAACAAAUGCAUCCGUACAUGAUUUGAUUCUUGUCGACAGUCCGAAGUUUCACAUCGUGUUAGACUUUGCUCUGAAUGUAGAGGCAUACCAUAUCACCGUCCGAGGUGGCAAUUUGGGAAGUUAUGAUGGGAUUGACGCUAUUGGUACGAAUUACUGGAUUCAUGAUAAUGAGGUUACGAACCGCGACGAGUGUGUUUCAGUGAAAAGCCCUUCCCAUCAUGCUUUGGUCGAGAACCUGGUGUGUAAUCAGGCCGGAUCCGGCGUAUCAAUUGGGAGUUUAAACGUUUCUGCCGAGAUCUCUAACAUUGUAGCACGAAACAUCAGCAUCGUCCAGGGAAACAAUAUCGCCUUCAUAAAAACAUACCCCGGAGGAUCUGGCUAUGUGACUAAUGUCACUUUCGAGAAUUUCCGGUCACUUACCAGUCUCUACGGUCUAAGUAUUAACCAAUACUGGCAGAAUAAGCUCACUCCAGAUACCGGUUCUGUUGCAUUGAGUAACAUUCUUUUCAGAAACUUCUCUGGAUCCGUUGCCAACGGCACUCUUCGUCCUCCUCUUUACUUGAUCGCCAAUGACCUGACAUUUGCGACAAACAUAACCGUAGAAGACUUCUCUGUCUGGACGGAGACUGGAACGCAGGUAUUGAACCAAAUCAGUAACGUGUUUGGUCACGGAGAUGAUAGCUACGGACCUAACGAUGGCAUUCCAUCCUUGAACCCCGGGGAGACACCUUACGCCUAUACCAGUACUUACACCAUCACCGCAUCGCCAACGAGUUGGCAGGCUCCAACUACUCCAAAGUGGGCUGUUCCAAGUACGGGAUAUGGAACUGCGUCUCCAAUACCUGUGUAUACACCAGCUCCUCUCUGGAAACCUGGUGGAGUUGACUAUGAUUUGCACUACUGGGGAAGUUUCUAG